AUGUAUUCUUACUUGUCACUGUUGAGUGCUAUUAUCGUAUAUGCAUCUCUUACUGUUCAUGCUGUUUUGGCUCAAAACAGCGUACAGAAUGUAUGUCCAACAAUAGUAGUUGAGACGAAAAAUGGUACUUGCCCGAACGGAACAUCAUUCAAUAUCAUAAGUGAAUAUGAAAAGCCGGCAGGUGAUUGGCGAAUUGAUUUCAAUGACUUACGUGCACAAGGCUUGAACACUCCUGAUCAAGUUCUUAAUUAUAUCGAACAAAGAUCAGCUAGUGGUUCCCCAUGUCUCUAUCAACGCAAAGUAUCAAAAGAUAUUUGCUGCAAUGGAUGGGCAGGUACAUCGUGUAAUGAACCUAUCUGUACGGUCGCUUGUGUUAAUGGUCAAUGCACCGCACCAGAUACAUGUUCAUGUAAUGAUGGUUAUGCUGGCGAAGGAUGUCAAUAUUCUCUGAAUGAUCCUCGUCUGGUUCAAUGCUUUCGUGGAUCCCAGUGUGCGAAUACAUCAAUGAUUAGUAAUGAACUGAUGAGUAUAUCUUAUUGCUGCGGUAGUAAAUCUGGUACUGCUACAAAAAGUGCUGAUAGUGCAUGUACACUAUGUACCGAUACUAAGGCAGACACUACUAAUGUUACUUUACCGCUUGCUCGAACAUUGAAUUAUGCAACAUGUGUUUUAUGGGGUCGCGAUCAUAUUCGAACAUUUGAUGGAUUUCUCUAUGAUUUUCAAGGAUCUUGUCAAUAUAAAUUAACUGGUACAAAUAAUUGGGAAAUCGAUAUUCAAUCUGAGAAUUGUGAUCGAUGGGAAACAUGUAAGAAAACAUUAACUAUCACAUUGGGUGGCUUUCGUGUUGUAGCUGUUGGAAAACGUGUGACUGUUAAUGGCGUUGCACUGAAUUCAACUCAGGGAUAUGUUCAUGGACCACUUACAAUUGAACGUCGUACAGAAGAUUAUACGUACUUACGUUAUUCCGAUGGUGUACGCUGCAAGUGGGAUAAUCAAAUGACUGCUUAUGUAACAGUUGAUCAAACAUAUAUGAAACAAGUAAAAGGUCUUUGUGGAACGUAUACAAACAAUCCUAGCGAUGACCUUGAAUUACCUGAUGGAUCACUGAGUAAUUCUGUUACUAAUUUUGCCAAUGGAUGGCGUUCUGAUAGUGGCUGUGCAUCAAGUGCAGCACCAACUGACCCAUGCAAUACUCCAGCAUUACUUUCUGCAGCUGAAAUAGCUUGUCGACCCAUUCGUGAUCCAUAUGAUUCAUUUAAAGUAUGCAAUCGCAUUAUUAAUGAUACUUUCAUGUUUGCAGCAUGUAAACGUGAUCAUUGCGCAUCAGCCGCAUACGGUAGCGAUGCUCAACAACAAGCACUCUGUGCAGUAUUUGAAGCCAUGGCACGUGACUGCGAAGAUAAUUAUAUUCAUAUUAAUUGGCGACUAUCGAAUCGUUGUCCUAAACCAUGUUUGAAUGAUAAAGUUUAUACGGAAUGUGCAACAUCAUGUCCAGCAACAUGUCAAAAUCAUCGAGAAGGUUUUAUAGAUUCAUUAGAUUGUUCAAAAGAUUGUGCACCGGGCUGUGUUUGUCCAUCGGAUACAGUCAUUGACGUAGGUCGCAAUGGAUCGUGCAUUAAAUCUGAUCAAUGUACUUGUUAUUAUCAUGGAAAAUAUUAUUUACCAAGACAAGCAAUUUCUAUUGAUUGUAAUGAAUGUAUUUGCAAUGUUGGUACAUGGAGUUGUACAAGGAAACAUUGUUCGAAAACAUGUUCAGUGAUUGGUACUAAUCAUAUUCAAACAUUUGAUGGAAAGCAUUAUGCCAGUCGUGGUAGUUGUGAAUAUACUUUGGUUGAAGAAAUCCAUCCAGCUACUGGUCUUUAUGUAGCAUUGGCAAAUCCUGAUAAACCAUCAUCAAUUUCUAAAGAAUUAACUGUUAAAGUUAAUCAAACCUUCGUCUAUGUUCAAGAUAGAAAUAUUUAUAUUAAUGGUCAAGUUCAUCCAACACUACCAUUUAAAAAUGGUCUCAUUACUGUUCAACGUGAAACGAGUGCCUUUUUUGUAAUUCUCGGUCGUGGUUUUCACAUUCAAUUUGAUGGCAUUCGAGUUUACAUUCGUUUAGAUCCAAUAUUUGUUAAUAAUACACGUGGUCUAUGUGGCACCUAUGAUUAUAACAGUCAAAAUGAUUUCUUAACACAUAUAUCCAUUGUUGAAACCAACAUAAAAACAUUUGUUGAUGAUUAUAAAACUGAUAUAGCUUGUGUAACUCCAUCAUACGAACAUCCAUGCCAACAACAUAUUGCUAAUGAGAAACCAGCGCAAGAUAAAUGUGAACUAAUAAGAUCCGACUUAUUUGCUUCGUGUGCAUCGACAGUGAAUCCCUCUCAAUUUGUUGCUAAUUGCGAAUUUGAUCUAUGCUCAAAUACUAACGCACAUUUUCAAAAUAUCUAUUUUUGUGCAGCAGUUGCUGCUUAUGCUCGCGAAUGUCAAUUAGCUAAUGUCACAACUAAUUGGUUCAACGAUGCAAGAAUUCAAAGUGCAUGUCGCGAUGCUCAAUAUGGGCAAUGUUUAGGUGGAGCUGCUUACAGUGAUUGUGCACCGAAAUGUUCACAAACAUGUCAUCAAUUGACAAUAUCAGGGCAGACAUGCUCAGAACGAGAAUGUAUUGCUGGUUGUUCGUGUCCGAGCCAAACAUAUUUAGAUGUAUCGGUUCAAAGUCAACCCCAAUGUGUACCGAAAAGUCAAUGUUCAUGUUAUGAUUCCGAAAGUAAUAGUUAUAUUAAAUCCAGUGGAGUCGCAAAGAGAUCAUGUGGCGAUUGUACAUGUAAUGAUGGAGCAUGGAGUUGUGGAUCUCAAGUCUGCGAAAAACAAGUAGGCUGUCCGGCAAAUCAAGUUUAUGCAGUAAAUGCUUCGUCGUGUCCUAAAACAUGUGACAAUAUGAACACAUGGAAAGAUUGUGGAAUUACAUUUGAAGGUUGUACUUGUCCUGCUGGACAAGUUCUUAGUCAAGAUCUAAAAACGUGUGUUGUUGCUACUACUUGUCCGUGUCGAUAUGCUGGUCAUUUAUAUGGGUCUAAUGAAAUUAUUCGACGAGGUUGUAGUGAAUGCCACUGUUCAGGUGCAACAUGGUCGUGUGUUGAACGUCGAUGUGACGCAACAUGUUCAGGAACGGGUGAUCCACAUUAUUCAACAUUUGAUGGUCUUCGUUAUUCAUAUCAAGGCAAUUGCAAAUAUAUUUUAACGCAAACAAAAGAUCGAGCCUUUCGUGUUAUUACUGAAAAUGUUCAGUGCGGCACAUCAGGUGUAACAUGCGCAAAAAAUAUUGUAAUUAAAUAUAAUAGUGUAACAGUAUCAUUGACGCGUGGUCGUGAACCACUUGUGAAUGAUGUCGAAAUCAAAGAUUUAACAUUAGGCAGACGUGUAUUUGGUGAUGUUGCCUUAAUGAAAUCAGGCUUAUUUGUUUUUGUUAACAGCUCAGAUUUUACGAUUAGAUGGGAUGAAAAAACACGUAUUUAUGUAACUAUACAUGCUCAUUUAAAAGGUCAAAUGGCUGGUUUAUGUGGUGAUUUCAAUGGUGAUUCAAGUAAUGAUUUAAAUACGGCUAAUGGUGUGCCGGGUACGAUUGGAGAAAUGGCUGAUUCUUGGAAAGUUGAACAGACAUGUGUAACUGGACCUUCACCAACAAUGGACUCAUCAGCACCUUGUGCUAAUUUUGAAGCGCGUAGAGAAUGGGCUGAAAAAGAAUGUUAUCCGAUCCUUGAUAAAUCCGAAACAAACCCAUUUUUAUCUUGUAUUAAAAAACUUGAUGAAACUGUUGUGCGAUCAUUUUAUGUUGAAUGUCUUUAUGAUGCUUGCCAUUGUGAUACUGGUGGUGAUUGCGAGUGUUUAUGUACAUCACUUUCGGCAUUUGCUGAAAAAUGUCAAGCAGUUGAUGUUCCUGUUAAAUGGCGUACACAAGAAAAGUGUGCACUGCAAUGUGAAUUUGGAAAAAUUUAUAUGCCAUGUGGACCAAUUUGUCAGCCAACAUGCCGAGAUAUUUAUUCAACUGACAAUUAUAAUUGUGUCGAUUCUGGUUGUCAAGAAGGUUGCUUCUGUCCAGAAGGUGAAGUUAUGGAUGAAACUGGCGCAUGUGUUAUACCAGAAGAAUGUCCAUGUAUUGAUCAAAACUUGGCUUAUCCUGUUGGAUCGAAGAUUAUUCGUAAUUGUGAACAAUGUGAAUGUAUGAAUGGUACAUUCCAUUGUGAACAAUUAGACAAUUGUGUACCGAAAUGUUCUCAACGUGAAUUUACUUGUAAUGCAACAUCAACUUGUAUUCCUCUCGAAUGGGUUUGUGAUAAAACACCAGAUUGUGAAGAUGGUUCCGAUGAACUUCAGUGCAAUUGUACACAUGACGAUUUUAUCUGUUCAACUGGUCAAUGUAUAAAUCCAUCGUAUCGUUGUGAUGGUUUACCACAAUGUCGUGAUGGGUCUGAUGAAUUAAAUUGCAACUAUCCUGUUUUGUGCACCGAAUUUGAAUGUGCCAAUAAACGUUGUAUACCUCUAUCUUGGGUAUGCGAUGGUGCCGUUGAUUGUUCAACUGACGGUCAAGAUCGUUCCGAUGAACGUCAUUGUAAUGGUACGAAAUGCGAUACAGAUAGUGGCCGAGAAACUCUAUGUAAAAAUAUGCCAGGUGGUAAAUGUUUAUCUGUAUCUCAACUAUGUGAUGGUCAUGAUGAUUGCGGCGAUGGAAGUGACGAAGUUAAUUGUACGUGUACAUGUAGUCAGAAUUUAUUUGCAUGCAAAAAUGUAUGCGAAUGUAUUCCGGUAAAUCAAGUAUGUGAUGGUACAAAACAAUGUAAAGAUGGUUCAGAUGAAAACCCAUGUAAAUGCAAUCAAGGUGAAUAUACAUGCACAGGCGGUUUAUGUAUUAAUGCAACAAACCUUUGCGAUGGAAAAAUGAAUUGCCCCAAAGGCGAUGAUGAAUCACAAUUGAAUUGCAAUGUGACAACGGUAGCUACAUCAACUCCAAGUCAAUGGUCAACAGAAGUUACUCCAAUGUUUUCAACUGCCGUGUAUACAACACCAUUUUGUGAUACUGGUCUAUGUCUUGCGUUGAAUGUUGAACGAUGUAUUCCAGUAGAUGAACUUUGUGAUGGAGAAAAGUUCUGUGAUGAUGGAACAGAUGAAAUUCCGAUUUUAUUUCCUGGCUUUGCUGCAUGUCUUCAAACUACAAUGUUACCACCACAUCCAACAACUGGUAUGGUAUGUUCACCGCCCGACCAGAAUAUUUGUGGACUAUGUUUGGCACCAGAAAAAUUCUGUAAUGGUAUUUGUGACUGUAAACAAGGUUGUCUUGAUGAAGCGGAUUGCACUCCGUGCACGUUGAAAUGUAAGGGAUCAGAUGCCUGUAUUACACCGAAACAACUUUGUAAUAGAAAAUGUGAUUGUGUUGAAACAUGUUCGGAUGAAGAAGAUUGUAUUAUGCCAACUCCACCACCGUGUACAGAAUUUAUAUGCGAUGUAAAUUCUGUUAAUCCAAUUGGUAAAUGUUUGAAUCAUACACAUGUUUGCGAUGGUUAUCCUGAUUGUGUUGAUAAAACUGAUGAAGGCAAAGAUCAUUGUAAUUAUACAACAACGAAGAAAACAUCCCACGUAACGUCAGAAGUUUCUGGCGCAACAACCGUUUCGGAAGUUUGUACCAAUGCAUCAGCAGCCUAUCAAGCAUUUUCAUUGAAUUCUCCAUUGAUAUUAACCGUUUCAUCUCCACAAAUACCAGAGUUGACAGCAACUCGUGAAAUAUCACCGACACAUCCUCUAACUGUCAUAGGAACAAAAGAGGUUUAUAUGACUAUUUACUUUACAUCAGUGUAUGAAGUCAUGGAAAUAAAUCUAAGUGCAACACACAGAUUACGAUACUUCGCUGCUCGUACUGAUGAUGAACAUCCAUCCAUAAAUGGUGUUAUAGAACCAUCAUCAACUGAUACAAAUGUACAGUAUGUAAUCCAUGUUGUUCCACCAUCAACACAGCUCACUAAAGUAGUCUCACUUACCAUUAUCACAAGUGUAACAACUGAUAUUAAAUCAAUACAAAUUAAAGCUUGUACAGCAUUCACUGCUACAUCAACAGGUCCAACAGAAACAACACCACAUCGAUGUGAGGAUGAAAUGGGCCUUCGAAAUGGUUUUAUUCCAACAAGUGAUAUAUAUGCAUCGUCAUAUAAAGAAGCGAGCAACAUUCUUGAUACAAUUCGUUUGGGUAAUGCAAAGUAUUGGGUUGCUGCUAGCGAUGAUCUAACUCCAUGGAUUGAAAUUCGUUUUUCACCAAAUAAUACUAAAACUUUAACUGGCUUUCAAAUUCGUGGUGAAAUAACAGAAAUUAACGUUCAAUAUGAUACGCUAACUGCCGAGAAUAUUGAUUAUACCCAUAAUCCUAUAAGACGAAUCGCACCAUCGGCAUCAGCUAUAAGUACAAUAUUUUUUGUUGAGCCACUCAUUGAUGUGACUCGUAUUCGAUUUAAUUUCAAUCGAGUUCUAAGCAAUACUGUAAUUAUGGAACAAAUUGAAUUGCUGGGUUGUGCAGAAGGUUCAACAGUAUUUUCGACAACUUCAGGAACGGCACCAUCUGGUUCAGCGGCCUCAAGCACAGCCCGGGGUCCAACUGAAACUACACCGCCGCAUGUUUGUAGAAGUGAAAACAUUCUUAGUAAUACUAUUAAUGGCAAAGAUGUUCGAGUAAUGUUCAAUAAUAAAGUUGUAACAGACAAUACGAAAGAAAAUGGUGCAGGUAUUGAUGUGGAUAAGAAUGAAUAUAUCACAAUAUAUUUUUCAAAAAUACAAACCGUUGAUUCUGUUGUUAUUCUACCUAAUUCAAACGUCCAAUCGUAUUCCAUUUCAUAUACAAAACCAAAUGGAGAUGAAUAUAUCUUAGUAGAAAAUCAGGAAAAUUCAGAAACGAAAUUUCAUCUAAUUGAAACACAAACAAUUAAAAUAUUACCAAGGACUAAAAUAAGAAAUAACUUAUAUUAUCAUAUACGUUUAGCAAUUUAUGUCUGUGAAGCAUUAACAACUACUGCGACAGGUACACCACAGUCUAUGCCCACUGAAAGUUUUACUAGUAGGAAGAUACCAUUAUCCACUUUCACAGGUGCCACAGAAACUAGUGAAGGUGAAACAGUAGAAAUAGCAGGUCCUGAAAUAACACCAACAACACAUUUCUUUACUCCAACAUUCGAAACGAGUCAAACGGGUUCAACGUUUUAUAUACCAACUACAGCUCGUUCUCCACGAUCGACAGGUUUUACAGCUACUCACACUAGCACAACGCAUAUAUGUACACUGCAAGAAGGUAUGGAUAAACCUCAAUAUUUGCUAGAGCCUGUACUUAACGGCGCUCAUUUCCCACGAUCACCAAAUAUUAGUCCCAAUGGCGAAGGUGUUACAUUUACAUCACAAACUGCUGAAAUAGCAAUUGAACUGGCUCCAUUCAUUACACCAAUAAUUGAAUAUUUAUCGAUUGCAAAUACAACAAUUACUAACGUUGAUCAACUAUAUGUUACAAUCAUUGCAUCAAGUGGUUCAACUAUUCGAACGCUCAAUUCAUCCGUUGGUAAUACUGUUGUCACUGGUUUUCCGGAUAUUCCAUUACCAGUUGGCUCCACAUUGCUGAUUACAUUUGGCACAAAUGACCAAAAACCACCCAGUGCGGUUACAUUAUCGAUCCAAGCUUGUUUCCAUCCAGAACUAAUAACAACUACAUCAGGUUAUUCAACUACUAGAAGUGAGUGUUUUAAAGCUAAUUUUUGUAGAUCUUUUCAUUAG